AUGAACAAUAAAUUUAUUUCUCUUGCUUUGGUAGCACUAUUGAUUUGCUCUUCCUUAGCUCAAUAAACCAAUCCUAAUCAUUAAUUAGAAGCUCUUACUGCAUAUAACUAAUGGAAAAACAACAACCUAAGAAUCUACAUUAAUGAUGCUGAAAAAUAGUACAGAUAGUCAGUCUUCUUAGAAAACUUCUAAAAAAUUAAAGAACACAAUGCAAAUUAAGCUAACACUUACUAAUAAGGACUGAAUUAGUUCUCUGAUAUGACCCAAGAAGAGUUUGUCCAAAAAAUUCUUAUGAGCAACUCUCAAGCAGACUCUUCAUAAUCCUUAUCAGCACCACAAUCUUCAUCAAAUAACUAAAAUCUCACUGCUACAGCUUCUCCUAUCGCUGCUUCAGUUGACUGGAGAACUAAGGGAGCAGUCACUCCAGUAAAGAAUCAAGGAAACUGUGGUUCUUGCUGGGCAUUCUCAUCUACAGGUGCUAUGGAGUCUUUUAACUUCAUCAAGAACAAAGUUCUCUCAAGCUUUUCUGAAUAAUAACUUGUAGAUUGUGCUAUUUAAUAGAAUGGUUACUACUCACAUGGCUGUAAUGGAGGUUCUUAUUAUCAAGCUUUACUCUAUGCUUCAAAAGUAGGUAUGAAAACGGAAUCUUAGUAUCCAUACACUGCUAUAUGGGGAACCUGCUAAGUUAGUGGUACUAACAACGGAUAUAAGCCUGUAGCAUUCGGUUCAGUAGGGUAGAACACUUUGGCAUUGUAAACUGCACUAAAUGCAGCUCCAGUAUCUAUUGCUAUGGAUGCUACAAAUUUAUAUUUGUACACAUCUGGUGUUUACAAUAAUUGUAAUCCUUCAUCCAUAAAUCUAAAUCAUGCAGUGCUAGCAGUCGGCUAUGAUAGCCAAGGAAACUGGAUAGUAAAGAACUCUUGGGGUGCUUCAUGGGGAUAAUAAGGAUACUUUUUGCUUGCUCCAAAUAAUACUUGUGGUAUCUUGGAUAACCCAUAAUAAAUAACUGCAUGA